ACAUAAAUAAAUAAAUUUAAUUAAAUAAUUAAUAAAUUAAAUAUUAUUCUUUAUUUUUUUUAAGACUUUCAAAACCUUGGACGCCUUUCGACAAACUUACAAAAAUUCAUAAAUAAAAUACCACAAAUGCUCACAUCAUAGACAUCCAGUGAAAUUGUUGCAGGUCUAUUUAUUGUCGUGUUCCCUAAUAAACCGUGCCGCCGACUAACAUUUUCCGUUCUGAGUUCUGAUUCAUCCGAUUAUCCAAACAGGGGAGAUUUCUGUGAGGCAUAUCUUCCGGUACAGCUGUCUGUCUAGAUCAGAGGACACCCAAUUACAGGUUUCGAUAUUCUUCAUCACAUUCUUAUAGGACUAAGCCAACAGGCAGGAGGCUAAUCUGUUUGGUUGCCGCACAAACUUUGUCAAAGGAAGUUGAAGAAUCCAAAAUGGACACACCAAAAGAAAUCUUUCUGAAGGACUACAAGUUGCCUGAUUACUACUUUGAUACAGUGGAUUUGAAUUUUUCAUUGGGUGAGGAGAAAACAAUUGUUGCUUCAAAAAUAACCGUGUACCCUAGGGUUGAAGGUUCUUCUUUUCCACUGGUUUUGGAUGGAGAAGAUCUUAAGCUGCUCUCAAUCACGGUUGAUGGAAAAGAAUUAAAGGAGGGAGAUUACUGCUUAGACUCACGCCAUUUGACGCUUCCAUUGCCGCCCAGUGGUACUUUUACCUUGGAAAUUGUUAAUGAGAUAUACCCUCAAAAGAACACAUCCCUAGAGGGCCUUUACAUGUCAUCAAUGUGUUUCUGCACCCAAUGUGAAGCACAAGGAUUUCGGAAAAUUACAUUUUAUCAGGAUCGUCCUGACAUAAUGGCAAAAUACACUUGCCGUAUAGAAGCUGAUAAGUCAUCAUACCCGGUUUUGUUGUCUAAUGGAAACCUCAAAGAGAAAGGGCAUCUUGAGGGUGACAGGCAUUAUGCUCUAUGGGAGGACCCCUUUAAGAAACCCUGCUAUUUAUUUGCUUUAGUUGCUGGACCACUGGAGAGUAGAGAUGACAUAUUUGUCACACGCUCUGCUCGAAAAGUGUCACUGAGGAUCUGGACCCCAGCGCAGGAUGUACCAAAGACUGCACAUGCUAUGUAUUCGCUUAAGGAAGCAAUGAAGUGGGAUGAGGAUGUUUUUGGUCUUGAAUAUGAUCUGGAUCUCUUCAAUAUUGUUGCUGUUCCAGACUUUAACAUGGGAGCCAUGGAAAACAAGAGUUUGAAUAUCUUCAAUUCUGGGUGUGUUUUGGCUUCUCCAGAAACUGCUACUGAUGGAGAUUAUGCUGCAAUUUUGGGUGUUAUUGGACAUGAGUAUUUUCACAACUGGACUGGUAACAGAGUGACAUGUCGUGACUGGUUCCAGCUCAGUCUAAAGGAGGGUCUCACUGUUUUUCGUGAUCAGGAAUUUUCAUCUGAUAUGGGAAGCCGUACUGUAAAGCGGAUUGCUGAUGUUUCAUCCCUUCGUAAUUAUCAGUUUCCUGAGGAUGGUGGUCCCAUGGCUCAUCCUGUUAGACCACAUUCUUACAUCAAGAUGGACAAUUUCUACACAGGCAAGAUUUUGUCAUCUUUAGCAUUAAAUGUUCCAGUUUACGAAAAGGGAGCUGAAGUUGUUAGGAUGUACAAAACUCUACUGGGGAGUCAAGGGUUUCGAAAAGGCAUGGAUCUUUAUUUUAAAAGACAUGAUGGACAAGCUGUAACCUGUGAAGACUUCUUCGCUGCCAUGCGAGAUGCUAAUAAUGCAGAUUUUGCUAAUUUCUUGAUUUGGUAUUCCCAAGCUGGGACUCCUGUGGUCAAAGUGACUUCAUCCUACAAUGCCGAAGCUCAUACUUACUCUUUGAAAUUCAGUCAAGAGGUACCCCCCACUCCCGGGCAGCCAGUCAAAGAACCUAUGUUCAUUCCUGUUGCAGUUGGUCUACUGGACUCAAGUGGAAAGGACAUGCCUCUCUCUUCUGUAUAUCAUGAUGGAAAGCUCCAGUCUGUUGAAAUCAGCAAUCAUCCUGUCUACACUACUGUUGUUCAAGUAACUAAGAAAGAAGAAGAAUUUGUGUUCGCUGAUAUAUUUGAGCAGCCUACUCCAUCUCUAUUACGGGGUUAUAGUGCACCUAUCCGUCUAGAAUCUAACCUCUCUGACAGUGAUCUCUUUUUCCUCCUUGCACAUGAUUCAGAUGAGUUUAAUCGUUGGGAAGCUGGACAAGAAUUGGCAAGGAAGCUGAUGCUCAGCAUGGUAGCAGAUUUCCAGCAAGGCAAACCAUUGGCUCUAAAUCCCAAUUUUGUGCACGGUCUCAAAUGCAUACUCUCUGAUGCAAGCUUGGAUAAAGAAUUUAUUGCAAAGGCAAUAACUCUGCCCAGUGAAAGCGAGAUAAUGGACAUGAUGGAAGUUGCAGAUCCAGAUGCUGUUCACUCUGUUCGAAAAUUUAUCAGGAAAGAGCUUGCCUCUCAACUGAAAGCAGAGUUUCUAAACAUGGUUUUAGCUAACAGGAGCUCAGAAGAGUAUGUAUUUAACCAUCCUAAUAUGGCAAGGCGUGCUCUCAAGAAUGUUGCUCUUGCAUAUCUUGCAUCACUUGAAGAUCCAGAGACAACAGAGCUUGCAGUGCAUGAGUAUAAAACUGCCACAAAUAUGACAGAACAAUUUGCGGCUUUGGCAGCCCUUGCCCAGCAUCCUGGCAAAAGUCGUGAUGAUGUUCUGGCUGACUUCUACAGCAAGUGGCAGCAUGACUACUUGGUUGUAAACAAAUGGUUUGCCCUUCAAGCCUCAUCUGACAUUCCUAGUAAUGUUGAGAAUGUCCGGAACCUCAUGAAACAUCCUGCUUUUGAUCUACGCAAUCCAAACAAGGUAUACUGUGUCAUCGGUGCAUUCUGCUAUUCUCCUGUAAAUUUCCAUGCCAAAGAUGGAUCAGGCUAUAAGUUCUUGGGAGAAAUGGUUGUUCAACUUGACAAACUAAAUCCUCAGGUAGCCUCCGGUUUGGUAUCAUCUUUCUCUAGAUGGAGGCGCUACGAUGAGAACAGGCAAAACCUUGCUAAGGCACAACUGGAGAUGAUCAUGUCCACCAAUGGAUUGUCGGAGAACGUCUUUGAAAUUGCCUCGAAAAGCUUAGCUGUUUAAUCAUCCUCUGCACUCUAUGUCUUGCCGGAGAUAAACCUAUGGACGAAGACUUUACUACGACAUUACCAGCAAAUUGUCAUUUUUUAUGUUUAAUCACAGAAGGGAAUGAGAGGAAAGAAAAUUAAUCAGUGAAAUUUUUUUUUUUUUUCAAAUUAGAUGAAGAAAUUGCAGGUUGUGUUGCAAUCUUUCUACCACUUUAUUUUUGGGUUAAAACAUUAUUGACCCAUGAAAGAACAUGAUGUGGGUGUUCCAUAGGAUCCCAAAAGGUCCUGACUUUAGCGUGUGAAAUGAUUUUUUUGAGACCCAAUGUGUAGGCUUUUCUUGCAUGCAUUGCAUUGUAAACCCAAAAGUAAAGUUUAAAACUUUUU